AUGACCAUUCAAAGUAGUUCUUCUUCUACUUCUUCUGCUUCCAUAUCAACCGAGUCCAAAGAGAAGAAGGAAAAUUUACCUUGGUUAAUUGUUGGCCUCGGUAAUCCAGGCAAAAAGUACGCUGCCACUCGCCACAAUGUGGGCUUUGAGAUGGUUGAUGCCAUAGCUGAAGCUGAAGGGAUAUCUAUGAACACUGUUUCCUUCAAAGCUUUAUUUGGGAAAGGUUUAAUAGGUGAUGUCCCAGUCAUACUUGCAAAACCACAGACUUUUAUGAAUUCUAGCGGUGAAUCUGUUGGGGCCAUAGUUUCGUACUACAAGAUUACACUAAAGCAAGUACUUGUGAUCUUUGAUGACUUGGAUUUACCUUUUGCUAAAUUGCGGCUUCUACCAAAGGGUGGACAUGGAGGCCACAAUGGAAUGAAGAGUGUUAUUAAUCAUUUCAAAGGGAAUACUGCUUUUCCUCGUUUAAGAAUUGGCAUCGGACGACCUCCCGGUAGAAUGGAUCCUGUACCAUUUGUUCUUCGCAGGUUCAAUAAACAGGAAAGACAAGAGUUGAGUUUUAUUUUACAAGAUGGAAUAGAAGCUCUUCGGAUUCUUUUGCUGGAAGGAUUUGAUAAAAGUGCAACAUUUGUUAAUAGUUGAGGAAUAGCUUAUUGAAUAUCCUUUUGACAAGUACAAACAGGAUCGUAUAGCAAGGAGAUACAUACUACUUAAAAAGAGUAAAUUCGUUCAAGCAAAUAUUUAUCUAUUCUUUAAGAACCAGUUUCUGCUCAUUGAAUUCGAACAUGCAAGACCAUGGUUUUACAGAGAAACUUUUCUGUCAGCACACAAGGAUCGUUACAGAACAUUCUUCCUUCAUC